AUUAAAUCGUGCAAAAUAUUGAAUUAAUGUCAUUGAGCACUCAAAACUUAUCAGAAAUCUCCCAAAAUUUGUUAUCAGGUGCACUUGUGCAAUAAAAAAGGUAUAGUUUCCCCACCCCCACCAGAUAAGGUUUGAGGCAUGUCGCUAUAAUAUAUAAACAGUAUCAGCUGAACGAUUAAAUACAUUCUGUUAAAGUGCGCUAACUUAAAAAAAUUGUUUUGUGAGUGCACGCAUAAAGUUAACUUUGCGCAACAUUAUUAAUAAAUACGACAUGUCUAAAGAGAAUAAGAAGUACCAAUCAACGCUCACGAUCGACGAUUUUAGCUCAACAACUAAGCUAGCGACACAUGAAAUCACCGUACCGAUCGGAAGUAAGGAGUCCAUUAGCGAAACGGAUUCGUACUACAACCCCUUUGAACAUAGAAGUGUUGAACAUCCAAACUCAACGACUGGUGCGCUCAUUCAUUUACUCAAAAGCUCACUUGGCACCGGAAUACUGGCUAUGCCAAAUGCCUUUAGAAACGCCGGGUUAAUUUUUGGGCUCGUCGGUACCUUCGUCGUAGGAUUACUGUGCACUUACUGCGUUCAUAUUCUGGUGAAGGCAUCGCACGCUAUCUGCCAAAAAGCGAAGAUUCCCGUACUGGGAUUCUCAGAGACUUGCGGUGCAGCAUUUGAAUAUGGACCCAAACCUUUACGAAAAUUCUCCACAGCUGCCAAGUACACAGUCGAUAUAUCUCUACUUAUCACCUACUUCAUGAGCAACUGCGUUUACGUGGUGUUUAUAGCAGAAGCUCUACACGGGGUAUUUAACCAAUGGUUUCCAGACAAUGGACUAAGUAUAAGGAUGUACAUGGUAAUGAUAAUGGGAUUCCUAAUAAUAUCGGCGCAAAUUCGCGAACUCAAGCAUCUAGUGCCGUUCUCGUUCUUGGCCAACGUGUCUCUAGUUGGCGCACUCGGCGUUACUCUCUACUAUAUGUUUUUGGAAGUCAACCCGGUUUCAUCGCGUCCCGCAUUCGCCUCAUUUUCGACAUUACCGAUGUUUUUCAGUACGGUAAUAUUCGCAAUGGAGGGUAUUGGUGUAGUUAUGCCGGUUGAAAACAACAUGAAAAAUCCCCAACACUUUUUGGGAUGCCCCGGCGUGUUGAAUGCUGCAAUGACGAGUGUUGUACUGUUAUACGCUUUCAUUGGAUUCUUUGGAUAUUUAAGGUUUGGGGAAGAUACGCGGCCUAAUAUAACACUCAACUUGCCAAUGGAGGAAAUACCAGCGCAGAUUGGCAACGUGCUAAUACCAAUUUCCGUAUUCCUCACCUACAAUCUGCAAAUGUUUGUACCUCUAGAUAUUAUUUGGCGAAAGGGAUUGUCAGACAGACUUCACGGUACUUGGAGAAGACAUCUGGGACAGAUCAUUAUGAGAUGCCUAUACGUCGCAGGAACGAUCGCCGUGUCUGUGGCGGUACCCAAUCUGGAACCAAUUAUUGGACUGGUUGGUUCUGUUUGCUUUUCCACACUGGGAAUUUUAGUACCGGCGAUUGUGGACACGGUGCUCAAUUGGGAAGGAGAUUUAGGUUUUAUGAAAUGGAAGCUUAUUAGAAACAUCAUAUUGGCCAUAUUUGCAAUUUUCGCUUUAGUUUCGGGCACAUCACAAAGUAUCGGUCAAAUAAUAAACCCCCCGGCUGUGGAUUAGCGGAAUUAGA